AUGUCUUCCUUUUCAAGUCGCGUUAUUUUCUUUCUUAUUCAUUGCGUGGUGCAUCUCGUGUUUUACGUUGUUCCAGAGACACUGUUUAAUCUGCUUUUCCGCUGGCCCAUAUGUCUACUUGAGUGGAUGAUUGGGGAAAAGGAGUUUACACUUGCAGCGUGGAAGGAGCGACGCAUCGCAGCUGUCGGAUCGCGGUGUAGUUCUGCCAUUUAUGACUCCUUUGGGUUGGGCUCCUGCACGAUGUACGAGGGGCCUAUGUACGGUGGUCACGUGCACACCAUUCUUGGGUCUCUGCGUCCAUCCUGUAAGGUUGACUACACCCGUGAGACGGUGACUGCGGAGGAUGGCAACUCACUCUGCAUCGACUUCUUUCCCCUGAUAUCAGCCAGUGAAACAGCCGUGAGGGGGUUGGUGCUGAUUCUCCCAGGGCUAUUGGGUUGUUCACAGUCAACCUACGUACGGCGCGCGGUGACCCUGCUCUCUCGAGAGGGCUUUUAUGUUGCGGUGCUGAAUACACGUGGAGUUGAGGGUGCCCCUCUGGAGAAGGCGCAGAUUUUUGGCGCUGUGUUCACUAUGGAUCUCCGCCAUGUUCUUAAAAAUCAUUUUUCCUCAACACAGGUUCAAGAGCGGCUUAAGUGCCGCCAACCAAAACCUUUGAUUGCGCUAGGAUUCUCAUUUGGUGGUGUUGUCUUGUGCAAGUAUCUCGGAGAACAGGGGCUCCGGAAGGAACCGAGCCAGCUGAGAGCGGCCAUUGUCUUCAAUUCACCGUAUGAUUUAAACGAGGCUGACGACGCCAUGAAUCAUUCACUGUACGGGCAUUCGUUUGCCAAGGAACUGGUUGCGUACGCGGACCGUCACAAGACUGUCAUGAAGCAACUACCUCUUGUAGAUACCGAGCUACUGUUCGAGGGGAAUCACCCGCUUUUGUACCGACUGAGGUCGGUUGCUCAGUUUGACUGCCACGUCACUGCCCCGCACUUUGGCUUCCGUUCACCUGAAGAGUACUACAGUGCCGCAAGCUGCUUUGUUUCACUGUUAACGGCGCAGGUUCCCGUCUUAUGUAUCGCCGUUCGCAAUGAUCCCAUCUGCGGCAAACCACCAAACAUCCGUCGCUGGGAGAAACUCGCAAACACUAAUGCAAAUGUGACGUAUAUCGAAAUGCCAUCCGGAGGGCAUAUGGGAUACCUUGGCAAUCCGAUUGCAGAGCUGCAACAAAAGGCAAACGAGGGAGAGCGGCUCAUUCUUUGGGCUUUGCAGUGCUUUUGCAAAAAUUAUUUAGCUGAAACGGAACUCGGCGUGGGGUCUAAAAUUGCCUUGUAG